UUCUGAAGAAAGCAGCCAUCGUUCAGAAGGCAAAGACUGCUGAGCACACCCGGACAGAGCGGCAGGUUCUAGAACACAUUCGCCAGUCACCUUUUCUUGUCACCCUUCAUUACGCCUUUCAGACCCAAACCAAACUGCACCUUAUACUAGACUAUGUGAGUGGAGGGGAGAUGUUUACUCAUUUAUAUCAGAGAGAUCAUUUCUCAGAAGAUGAAGUGAGGAUCUAUGUCGGAGAAAUUAUCCUAGCCCUGGAGCACUUGCACAAGCUUGGCAUUGUGUAUCGGGACAUUAAACUGGAAAACAUUUUAUUGGACAGUGAUGGUCAUGUGGUCCUGACAGACUUUGGGCUGAGUAAGGAGUUUCUGGAAGAGGAGAAAGAGAGAACAUACUCAUUCUGCGGCACUAUAGAGUACAUGGCGCCAGAGAUCAUCAGAGGUAAAGCUGGUCAUGGCAAGGUGGUGGAUUGGUGGAGUUUGGGAAUUCUGAUGUUUGAGCUACUGACAGGAGCAUCUCCAUUCACUCUGGAGGGAGAGAGAAAUUCCCAGAGUGAAGUGUCCAAACGCAUCCUGCGCUGUGAACCUCCUUUCCCCUCUAUUAUCGGCCCUUUGGCUCAGGACCUUUUGCGGAAGUUACUGGUUAAAGACCCUCAUAAGAGACUGGGCUCUGGGCCUCGAGGAGCAGAAGAGAUCAAGUCUCAUCCUUUCUUCAAGGGGUUAAACUGGUCUGAAUUAGCAGAGAAAAAAGUUGCAAGUCCAUUUCGACCAGAACUACGCAAUGAGUUGGAUGUGGGAAACUUUGCCGAAGAGUUUACAGGAAUGGAACCAGUAUAUUCCCCCGCCAGCACACCACCUAGUACAGACCGGCUGUUUCAGGGAUAUUCUUUUGUUGCUCCUUCUAUCUUGUUUAAUAAGAAUGUAGUAAUGGGGGAUGUUCUAAAUGCUGAGGUGAACAUCGACAGGCCCGGUUCUGCUGCCGUACAGCGCAGUGCUAUGCUGAAGGAGUCACAGUUUUUUCAGCUCUAUGAGCUGUGCCUGCAGGGGCCGCCACUGGGUGAGGGCAGUUUUUCUGUAUGCAGGAAGUGCAGACACAGGCAGAGUGGUCAAGAAUAUGCUGUGAAAAUUGUCAGCCGAAGGAUGGAGGCUAUGACUCAGAGAGAGAAUGCAGCACUGAGACAGUGUGAAUCUCAUCCUAACAUUGUCACACUCCAUGAGGUCCAUACUGAUCAGUAUCAUACGUACCUGGUCAUGGAGCUGUUGCGAGGCGGAGAGCUGUUGGAGCGGAUAAGGAAAAAGAAGAUGUUUGCGGAAUGGGAGGCCAGCCAGCUAAUGAAGAGCUUGGUGUCCGCUGUCAGCUACAUGCAUGAGGCUGGAGUUGUACACAGAGACCUCAAACCAGAGAACGUGCUGUUUGCUGAUGAAUCGGAUGACUCAGUGUUGAAGGUGAUUGAUUUUGGCUUUGCACGGUUGUUUCCCGCGGGAAGUGGCAGUGCCCCCCUGCAGACCCCCUGCUUUACUUUGCAGUACGCCGCACCUGAGCUGUUCCACAGCUCUGGAUAUGACCAAGCGUGUGACCUCUGGAGCCUGGGGGUCAUCUUGUACACCAUGCUCUCCGGCCAAGUUCCAUUCCAGAGUGACCAAAAAGGAAUGACAUCAUCACACGCAGCUGACAUCAUGCACAAAAUUAAAGAGGGAGAUUUCUCUUUAGAUGGAGAAGCCUGGAAGGGUGUGUCAGAAGAGGCCAAAGAUCUAGUGAGAGGUUUGUUAACCGUUGACCCUGAGCGACGUCUGAAACUCUCUGCUCUGAAAGAAAAUGCUUGGCUUCAGGGAGGGGGCGUCAUGUCUUCUACCCCACUCUGCACCCCAGAUGUUUUGGAGUCCUGUGGUCCAACUGUCCGGACCUAAGUCAAUGCCACCUACAAGGCAUUUAACCGGGGGAAACGUGAAGGGUUUUUCCUUAAAAGCGUUGAUAAUGCUCCGUUAGCAAAACGUCGAAAGAUGAAAAUGACCAGCACUGGCGUGGAGACCAGACGAAGCUCGUCCUCGUCUUCAUCAUCUUCCUCUUCAUCGUCAGCUUCCCAUUCCAAGAAGCCAAACUGCCAGUCAUUAACUCCCCCUGAAGAUUCCAAACUGUGAUGUUGCAUUGCUGUGGUGAGAGAAUAUGUUGCGGAAGCCUUUUGCAGAAGAAAUAUAGAAAGACUAAUCAAAACAAUAUAACCUCGCGAUGGAAGAGUAACGCAACAAAUUCAGCAUUAGCUACAGAAGUCUUCUUUGGGAGAGAUUAACAAUGUCAAUGGAUGUGAAGAAAUUAUGACAUUAUGGUUUUUAAUCAUGAUGGCUCUGUGUCAACUCGAUGCCAAGGAAAUAAUCUCCAUAAUAAGAUACUUUAAUUGAAUGUAGGAUUAUGGGUGGUGGUAGAUAUAAAAGGAUGUUUAAAUACUGAACUGAGAUCAGGAAAAGGCAGAUUUUUUGGUAGGGUAGACAAGGGGGCCACAAAAGAGCAAAGCCAUAUGUUAGCAGUAGAGAGGACUUCUAUUUUAAUGGACGUCAAUGUUUUAAUGAUCCUCUAUGAAAAGCUUUAUGUGAAUCAUGUACAGGCUCUUUACAUUUGUCUCACUACUUCCAGAAGUUUUCCCACCGUAUGCAUGGUUAUAGUAUUUUGAACAUUUGCAUUUUCAAAAGCCAACCAAUGAAGUGAAACUGCAUUGUGGCAUUUACAUGACAAGAAAUGUUUCUCUGUAGUACAGUAAUGAAAAUCGAUCCUGUUCAGACACAAUCCUUAAUAGAUUAGUAUUGGGAGUCAAAUCUUGUGUAAAUAAUACCAAAAAAUCUUAAUUUUGCCCCUAAACAUAUAUUUUUUAUCUGGGUAAAAAUGCGAUUUUAUAUGAUUCUCCCUGUUAUGACACUGCCUUGUGUGUUUUCAUCGUUAGUUAUCAUGUGAUGUUUGUACAGAUUAAUUUAUAUGCUGUCAACAUUUUACUUGACUGAUUUAAUAGGUAUGGCUUACAUUAGUAAUUGGUGGCUUUCAUAAUCAGCAGCUUCUGCCACCUUUAUCAGACUAUUUUAGUGUACUUGAAAUGUUGUGCUUUUUAAUAGCCAGCACACUCUUUAUUUCUUCUGCUGACCUGAGGGAUCCAAGCAUUCACUGCCUGGUCAACUCUGCUACUGACUUUAAAGGGCUGAGGUUCACAAGACAGCAAUCAAUUCCUCUGAGUUUCAAGGGCUUUCACAAUCACACGCUUGUCAUCCUGUCCAUGUUGUAAUUGAGCUACCCUCUUGCACUGUGACAAGAGCCAGAGUAAAGCCCAUUGCACAUUGAGUCCGAAAUUUGCGUCCGAAAUUUCCGCACGUUAAAAAAUAAAUACGACCUCAUGUUAUGUCAAUCACAUUUACAUACUGCCUCCGAUAUUUUCGUCCGUCAUAAAAUAAUUCGGAACGGGUUCGAUUUUAUGCGUUUUUCGCAUCCGUCAAGCAUUUUGAGUGGCCUUUUUUAACAAUUCAGAGACGCCGUACAAACAAGAGUCAAAUACGAAAAACGCAUACGAAAAUUUCGGACUGUAUGUGCAAAGACCUUAAGGGAAAAAUAUAGUUCUGUCAUUUCUUCACCCUUGUGUCAUUCCAAAUGUGUAUGGUUUUCUUUAUUCCUUGGAGACUGUUAUGCAGAAUAUUGAUAUUAGCAUUUACAUGAUAAAAGCAUAUGGAUGUCAAGCUCCAAAAAAAGACAACAAAACGUACUGUAGUCUAUAUGACUUGUGUGCUAUUUUCCAACAGUGAUAGCAUUGUGUGUGGAAGAGACCAAUUAAGAUCAAGUCUGUAAUUGUCUGCAUUUCCCACCCUACAGUAGCUCCAUAUAUGUUUUUCAUGGGGGAAAGUCAUAUGAAUUUGGAAUGAACUGCAACGGAUAAUUUUGUAAUUCGUGAACAUUUCUUGAACUAUCUUCACUGUAGUCUCAAUAUAGUUUUUAGAGGUGUGUUUUUAUAAGCAUUCAGAUAUUUUAGUCUUUCUGCUGAAUGUGGUGUAUGAAACAACCAAGCAACACUUAGGAUUUAGACUGUGUGUGACCUGAUGGUUUUAUUAAGAUGUGAGCAGAUCACAGUAAAAUCCCUCCAUUUUUAAAUAAACAGCACUUUUCUUCUAAAAGGCGUGAAUAUGGCAGGUGACAAAUUAAGUCAAAGGGAUUGAUUAUUGAAAUAAUAUAGCAUUCAUAAUUUUUCGGUGCCAAAAUACUCCGCUAGUUGAGUAUAAUAUUGUGUUUUAAAAUGUUUUCAGCAUUACUUGCACAUAUUCUUUAUGAUACAGACGCACUAUUCUUUAUAAUGUUUUUUUUUUGUGCAUAAGCAAUGCUUUUCAUUGCAAUGAUUUGUGAAAAGACUGGAACAAAUUAUGCACACGAGACACGUCUUUUAAUUUUGCAUAAUGUACUCCAAGGGGCAAAAAGGUGUAAUUUUGCUUGCUGUCAGUGAUCAGAGUAUCUUUCAGAUGAGAUCGGCACUGUUAUUCCAGCUGUAGGAUGAAAAUAAUUUUGAGUUUAGGGAUUUUAAGAGACGAUUUAAUAAGGAACACACAUAUUUUACACUAUCAUUUUAAGUUUCUGUAAAUUCGAAUUCUGUCAAUUCUGUCACACAAGUUUUGUCAUGUCGGCGUACUAUUGGCUUUAGAAAUAUUUUUAUUUAUUUGUAUUUGCGCUCUAUAUCUUUAAAAUAGUGAUCAUUUCACAGUGUUAUGGCUUUCUGCUACAUUUAUGACUGGUUUUCAUUUUUUAUGUGGCAAAUGAAUUUGUAAGUAGUAAUAAGUUGUCUUGUGCACUGCAUCAUAUUUUUGUGGAAGUUAAAGAAAUGUACAUUUUGAUUGAGAAAUGUUUUAUUAGAUUUUACGUCUACAGUUUGAGGUUGAGUAAGCCUGUCUCUUUUUAUUACUUGGUCUUUCUGUGUAUGUUAUGUUAAGGGUUCUGACUUGCAUGUUUUGAUAUUUUCUUUUACAUUCUUUUUUUAAAUGUUUAAGUGUUAUGUCUCUGCGAAAAAAAGUUUUCAAGAAAAAAAAUUGGAUCUAAAAUUAAAUGUAAGAAGACGUUAUGAUUAUUUUAAGAUGAUGUAAGGUAUGCCUUGUUUUGCAUUGAGAACAUUGUUGAAUCCAAAGCAAAAAAUACAACAUUGUACCACACCUCUUAUUUGAUACUUGUGUUU